AUGGUAAUUUAUUUGGCUGUUUUUCCGUUAAGUGGACAUCAUCGUUCAACCUUAUCUGAUCCAUUGCUAACAACUUGUAGUCAUCCAUUUUGUCGCACAUGCUUUAAUGAGUGUCUUAAACGUUUGGCUUCUCUGAGAUGUCCAAUCUGUAAAAGAGCUUUAAAUAGAAGAAGCUGUCGGCCAUGUCCAGCGCUAAAAACUGCAAUUUUAAACUAUUUGGUUUUGGCGCGAACAUUCAUUAAGGAACAUAAAGACAAAAUAAGUAGUGAAUGUAAUUUUCUGGAAAGUCAAGUGAUUGUUCCACAGCAGUGUUUUCAAAAACAUGACCAAGAACAUCAUUUUUCACAAUCACAUUCUGCUUUCAAGCAAUUUUCACUUUGUCAGCAAUCUAAUUUACAAGGAAAUUUGUUGAAAAAUGUGAAUUUAUUGGGCAAUGAAGGCUUACUUCAAAAUAACCCUCAGAUAAUUCUAAAGGCUCAAAUAAAACCUUCAUCACCAAUAGUAGAACAUAAUGAAGUAAAAAUUGAAAACAAGCAACCAGAUUUAUCAACUCGUUCAGAAGAAUUACAGAAGUAUUCUUUAGACUGCACAGAUCUUAUUGAUUCUUCCUCCAGUUCAUCACUUGUUGCUAAUAAUACCUCACAGUUCUCCGCAAACCAUGAAAAUUGUGUUUCGAAAUUUAUUUCUUCAAAACAGAAGUUUGUUUCGUGUGAGACUCUUGUACCAAUUUCGAACAUUUCGAAUGAAUUGAAAUUAACGGUUUAUGAAUUAGCCAGACAAGAAGGAAUAUCAAAUAUUCGAAGCCUGAUUGCUCUAUUACCUUGGAUUCCUUCUCUUCUUGAUUUUGAAAGCGAGGAAUUAUGUCAAUUAAUGGAGAAAAGAGAAAAAGUUUCAUCAUUUGACAAAAAACGCAGUUAUGAAAAUAGUGACCAAAAUGGAUCUCCUCAAAAACGUCCAAAAAAGUUUAUUGUAAAUUUCCGAAAAAAUAAUCGAAUAUGUAUAACGCUGUCGAAAAAUUCUAAUUCCGGCGAUGAAAUUGUUUCUUCUUUUUUGGCAAUUUUUCAAGAUGUUCGUUAUUCUCCACAUAUCACAGCAGAGUGUACUCAUUUUGUAAUUAUGGAUGAGUGUCGAAUCGAUAACUUACGGACAAUUAAAUAUGUUCAAGCUAUAUUAAAUGGUUGUGAGAUUGUCAAUCAGUCCUGGUUAAAAGAAUCAGUCAUUAAUAAAUCCAUUUGUCCUACAGACGAAUACCGCUAUUUCUUUCGGAGGCGCGAUGCCAUGUUGUAUAAUGAGAUAGACAAUGUUUCAUAUUUGCGCAGUAUUUUCAAAGAUUUUGUAUUUUAUUUACCCAAGGGUUUCCAGUCAUCUAUAAUUAAGCCAGAAUUUUUGGAAGAAGCUAUUCAAAAAUGUGGUGGAUUUUGCGCAAAACCAGUGAAUAUCGUUUCUUUUCGAUGCGAUAUUAUUAUUUUUGCCAAAGUUGUUGUUGCUGAUUGGAUUUUAGAUUCAAUAUGUAAUCAUCAAAUGCUUCCCAUUCGUGAAUAUCGUGUCGUAAAUCUAUGCUCUUUAGGAGUUAAGAGAUGA